CCAUUUUAUUACGGUGUAUCCAUAUAAAUGGCCCACCCUGUAUAAUACUGGUGUUAUUUUUCUACGAACGUUUGAACUUUGAGUGUUUAAACAAGAGAGAAAAGUGUGAAAAUGUUCAUGUCUGUCUGAGAAAUGUGUAUAGAGUGUGUAGUGAGGGGUUUUACAGACUUAAAACAUCUAUAAUAACUGUAAAAAAUAAAGUUGGCUACUUCGCAGAUUUCACCUAUCGUCGGUUAUUUUUAGAACGUAACCCCCGCAAUAAAUGAGGGACCGCUGUAAAUACAUUUUUAUAAUUUAUGAUAAACUUGUUCAGAUUCUUGUUUCUCUCUCUCUGUCUUGUUCUGACAUCACUGGUGAGAAUAUUUGAAUUCAUCAACUUUUGAUCAUCUUAGACGUCACUCAGCUGCACGUCCUGCUGAACAUGUUGUUCUGAUGUUGAAGCAGCUCUGCACAGCAUAAAGUGAUCAAACAGCAAACAUGUGGACAGUUAGAGGAUGAUUUUAUAUGUCAGCAUAACAUCAUUCAUUUGAAUUCUUUGUGUCUCAACAAGGACGAAAAACUGAAAGAAGUUCAGAGCUUGAAGGUUGUCAGAGCAUGACGCAGGACUCCAGUGAUUGGACUAAACUUGAACCUGAGGUGAACAGUACAGAUGCAGACGAGGCUCCAACUUACAGCCUUCAGUCUGCAGCAGGACACUUUGAAUGCAGAGUCUCGGGCUUGCGCUGGGUCUGUAAGGGAAAGACCAGCUUUCAGUACCAGUUUCGAUCUUGGGAGGGACACAUGGAGAGGAUGGAGAGCAGACAAUACAUGCCUGCAGGUCCUCUGAUGGACGUCACAGUCACUGCUGGGAAGUUAAAUGAAGUUCACCUGCCACACUGGAUCUGCAUCGAUGACAUCCCUGACAUAUUGGACAUGUUUGCAGUCGUUCACAUAGAUGACUGUGGAGAUGUUGUGGAAAAAGUGUCUGAGGUCACACCAACACAUGUCAAGUUAACUGAACCAAAUUUCUCGAUAAUAGCGGCUCUGAUAAGUUUGUUCUUUCCUUUGAAAAUCAGCUGUUACAUGUUGAUAUAUUACAAACCCAACACAUCUUUCCUCAAACUCCACGUCUACCCAAUCCGACAGGAUCCUGCUCUGGAACAGAGAAUAGACAAGGAGGAAUCCUCAGAUGGGUACAAAAGAAUCAAAAAGCCACACCCAGACAAGUACAUGCAAACCGAGCGUGCUUUCAACCUCAGAGCCAACAUGGAUACAGCAGAAAUUCAACCAAAGGAGUUAACCUUCAGAUAUAACAGCCUGAACUUCUAUGAAGUCUUCAUUGAGAAUCCAGAAAGAAAACUCAACCUUACACUCCUGCACUCAAAUGAUGAUGAACCACUGUGUGAACCAGUUUGGACAUGCAAACUUCAUAAAGAUGACUAUCCAGCAUCUGGCAAUGUUGAAGAGAAACACUCUGUGGAUGAAGAUCUCUCUGCACAGAUGCAGAAAGUAUUAACAGUCCACUCAGACAGAGAGAAGCUUUUGGGAAUGUUGGAAGAUUUGACAUAUGAGGAGUUUAACAAUUUCAAGUGGUUCCUGCAAGACAGUGAUGCUGUUGUUGGGCUGCCACGCAUCCCAAAGAGUCGACUGGAGAAGACCAGCACCUGUAACCUGGUGGAUCUGAUGUUGCAGACCUACACAGAAAAGUCUGUGGAGGUAACCAAGAAGGUUUUGAAGAAAAUUAACAGGAAUGAUCUGGUGCAGAAGGUGUCAGACAGCAGCUCAUGAUCCAAAGUCUGGUUUGGAGUGAAGCCUGAAUGAGAAAAGUUUCCAAGGUUAGAAGUUACUGAGGAACAUCAUGACCUGGAUCUAUUACUGCCAUGUUUCUCACAUCUUAAGAAGUUUGAUGACUGCUUUGAAGAUAAACUGGAGAAUUUUAUGCUUUUUAAUCUUUAAUAUCCUGCUUUAAUCAUUGUUUUUUUUAUUCCCUUUUAAGCAUGUCACUAAACAUUUUAUAUUGGCUUUCUACUAAAUAUGGCCACAUAAAUACAAUUGUUCUUUACCAAUAAAAUAUUUUUUCGGAUACAUCAGGGAGCAACAUUGGUGUCUAUUAACUAUUUACUGUCAAAAACUUGUUCAUUUUUUAAAUUUUAAAAUCUGUAAAAACACGUCUUUCAUGUUUAUACGCACGUUGAAACUUUUGCUGGAAUGAAGCGGCCUAAAAACAAUGAAACAAUGUACAAUGAAGAUCACUCAGUAAGAUGAUUACUGUGCUUUUGUAUUUUAAGAGAUGAGAUGUUCAGGUCAGUCUUUAUUUUCCUACAGGAUCAUUUUGAUUUGCAGCAUCAGUCGGUAAAACUGAAAUAUCAAAAAAUGAGAAAGAUCAACACAUAAAUAACAGUAGGAAUGAGGAAUAGUUAAAUAAAUGACUAAAAGUACAUUAAAAUGAUGGAACCAGUCAAUAAGAAACGGACGGCUUUAUUUACACAGAACUGGAUGUUUCCUGACUCUGGGGACUUUAUUCGUCUAAGGAAGAAACUCAAACUGUUCCUAAAUGUGUCCUUAUAUUUUUACUUGUACAUACAAUUUUUUAUAUGGUUUAAUUGUUAUUAAAGACUCAUUUUUACGCUUG